CCGGAAGUGGCCGUAUUCCUAUUGGAUGUGCUACAGCCCUAAAAACAUAAACAGCUGAUCAGUUUGUGUUUGGGGCUCCUUCAUGAGGACAUUUUAACCGAACGUGCACCAUGACAGAGCGUUUCCACCUGAACACACCGCUGCUGGAGAGCGUCAGCAUGUCCAAGCGGGUGGGGACCGCCGUCUACCUAAAAAUGGAGAAUGCACAGCCCACUGGUUCCUUCAAGAUCCGUGGCAUCGGACACCUCUGCCAGCAGCUCGCCAGACAGUCCAAAGGCGUGAUCUGCUCUUCAGGUGGGAAUGCUGGCAUGGCUGCAGCCUAUGCAGCCAGAAAAAUGGGUGUGCCAGCCACCAUCAUAGUUCCUUCCUCCACUCCUCCUGUGGUCCAAAGGCUCCAGGAUCAGGGUGUUGCUGUCAAGAUUGUAGGAAAGGUUUGGGAUGAUGCCAACGCAGAGGCUCUCAAACUGGCAGGAACUGAAGGGCUUACCUAUGUUCCUCCAUUUGAUCACCCAUUGCUAUGGGAAGGCCACGCCAGUAUGGUUGUGGAGGUCGCCGCCUGUCUGGGUCCCAGCGUGAAGCCCGGAGCUGUGGUGGUGUCUGUGGGCGGAGGGGGCCUCCUGUGUGGGGUCAUCCAGGGCCUGAAGGAUGUGGGCUGGAUGGACGUGCCCAUCGUUGCCAUGGAGACGGGGGGCAGACUGUUUCAUGCUGCGAUUAAGGCAGGGAAGCUGGUCACUUUGGAUGACAUCACCAGUGAGGCUAAAUGUCUCGGAGCGAAGACAGCCUGCAAGCAAGCCUUCGAGUACAGCCAGAGCAGCGAGCUGACGAUCAUCUCCGAGGUAGUGGACCGACCAGCAGGCUCUGCACGCGGUCCAACAUUCCUGGAUGAGGAGCGUGUGCUGGUGGAGAUGGCGUGCGGAGCAGCGCUGGCGGCCGUUUACAGCGGGGUUGUAGUCAGAUUACAGAAUGAAGGUCGUCUGCCAGCUCUCUUGGGCCCCCUGCUGGUGAUUGUGUGCGGUGGCUCCAGCAUCAACUUGGAGCAUCUGAACAACCUGAAGCGCAAACUGCAGAAUUAAACUGUUGUGUGUGUGCAGGUGUGUGUGCGUGGGCAGGGUGUGUGUGGGCAGGGUGGUGUACUACAAUGAAAAACCUUCACUGAAUGACGAGUGAAAGGAUGAAAAGGAAAAUAAAGAAAAUCACAAUUUAGUGUCAACUUUGAAGCAAAAAGUAUUUUUUGUAUAAUUUAAAAGAAGAAUUCUAAUGUUUCAGUGUGAUUUCCAUUUUAAAUAACUAAAAGAAAUCUCUAUACACUAUUGAAUAAUUGACUUUAGAUCUAAUGUUGUGCAAUUAUUGCUCAGUGUUCAGUUACACAGUUUUGUCACAUGUGGUGUCACAGUUCUCUAAUCAAAUAUACCCAGACAGAGUCAGACACACUGCAGGCAAUAUGUUGAUAUUUAUGUCUUAAUCUGAACAUCUUUAUUCCAUCAUAUUGUCAGGAAGCUCACAUCAAGUCUCAGUGAAGUUCUGUGUUUCACUGCACGUGUGAUUUCUGCUGAUAACAAAACAGUUAGUUAUUGUUUUGUGAAUCUCAUAUCCUUGUCGUGUUCCCCGUGGUGUUCAGAGAGCAUCAGCACGAGGUGGCUGCAAAUACUGACAGUUAUGAUUACAUGCAAUGAAACAAACAGUAUAAAAGAGCAAAGCAAUAUGUUAAAAUGUUAGACACACAUCAAUAUAAAUAAAAGUGUAACUGAACUCGUGGGUCAUUUCCAUCACGGCCUUCAUGUUGCACUGAACACAAGUGUCGCAGCUCAGUUCAGUGCCAUGUUAUUCCACUGAUCCUGUAAUUUUGAAAAUUUAUGAAAGUAAAACUUUGCUUGGCUUCUUUAAAUAUCCAUCCAUCCAUUUUCUUCUCCAGUUCAGGAUCGUGGUUGGCCUUUAGUUUAUCCCAGCUGUCACAGGGUGAGAGGUCACAGCCACUCACACUUAUGGCCAAUUUAGAAUCACCAGUUAACCCAACAUGCAUGUCUUCAGACUGGGGGUGGGCAGAGAACCCACACGAACAACAACAUGUGAGCUCCACACAGAAAGGCCUCAGACAGUUGGUGCCUCAAACCCAGGACCUUCCUGCUGUGAGGCGGUGGUGCUAACCACCACACUACUGUUACCUUCUUCUGACAUGCAUUUCCCCCACUUUCCCUCCACCCGGCUAGCUGCAGCAUCAGUCUGGUACAUAAAAGGAAGCAACCAUCAGCAUUUGAGUGUGUGGAUCCUCAUGGAUACAUGAGGAGGCCUCAUUAAAUAUACUGAAGUUAUUGCACAUGAAAAAUCAGAGUUAACCCUGGGCUCUUAGCCGCUGUGAUCGGGUCCAGUCCCUCACAGCUGUGGCAUUGAUAUAUUUGAAGGGAACACAGACUUUUGCUGCUGGAUUGUUUCACGUCACAUUAAAAUUAGCAGUCAGGUCACUUUGUGUUCUGUGUAGGCAGCUAUUGCUAUGGAAACAGCUCCUCGCUGCUCUGUGCAGAGUUCAGUUUAACAACUUGUAGCUAAUGCUUGCCUUCCCAGCUCUCAGACAGUUGCAUAAGAUGUCAGGUUGUUCACAAAGAGCGCCGGCAGAUAAUGGACUUCAUGCGAACGCUUGCAUAACGCUGGUGUGCGGCUCGGCGUGGAAUCUUGAAAACAGGAGUUCUUUGUGAUCGUCAUAAUAAAAGCACAUGAUGCAGGUGCAGGCUUUGGUUCAGUCUACACAUUUCAAACACCCUUUGAGCCCUUUUUAUAGUUUCAGAAUGAAUAUAUUAGAUGGUUUCUUCUGCAGAAUAAGCAGCAAUAUAAAUAAAUAAUUAUGCAAUGAGAAUAACUGCAUAGAGAGAAGAAAAGACAGGAAGAUAAGAAGAUUGUGGCAUUGUGUUGCCACACAUCUGAAUACUCCAGACCAGCAACACUACUGCCUUCAUAGAGGUAGUUACACUUAAUCAAUUAUCAAUUUCUGAUCAUUCGCUGGUGAAAACUUGAAAAACUGCAUUUUGGGGAAACAUUCAAAGGUCGUAGCACCACGUAGCAGAGGCGGCUGCUCAGAACUGGAGCUGUGUUUCAGAUCAAGGCUCCUCCACAUGGAUAAUGAUCCUCAGCAUACACCACAAAGCACUCUGCUAUGAUUUCAAUGGAGCAUCAAAGGAAAGAGCUAAAGUACCACCCAGUGAGCCAAAGCACCAGCUGAGAAGUGUGGAAGUGUCGUCAGGAGAUGCUGUAUGAUGGUACAGCAUAUUAGGAUCCCAUUAAUUCUGUCCAUGCCAUUUUCAACUGAUGCAUUAA